AUUCUUCACUCAGGUUGUUAAAUUAAAGCUCUAUCUAACAAGAGAUAAUGGAGAACCAACAAACACAACAAAGUUGGUUCGGAAGAGCAAAACCGGUCUUAGCUGUUGUGUCCUUACAGUGCGGAUAUGCAGUCAUGGAUAUUCUGUCCAAGGCUGCAAUGAACAAAGGGAUGAGCAACUACGUCUUCGUCGUGUACCGCCACGCUGUUGCGUUCCUUGUCAUCGCGCCUUUCGCAUUGUAUUUUGAGAAGAAAGUAAGGCCCAAGAUGACAUUGUCAAUUUUUAUGAAGAUUGUGGCGCUCAGCGCGCUAGAGCCAGUUAUUGACCAGAAUUUGUAUUUUUUGGGCAUGAAGUACACAACUGCAACUUUUGCUGUUGCCAUGACCAACAUCCUUCCUGCCAUUACCUUUAUCUUUGCCUGCAUUCUUAGGCUUGAGAAGAUAAAAAUGAAAACUAUACGUAGCCAAGCAAAGGUGGUGGGAACUCUUGCAACGGUUUCUGGUGCCAUGGUCAUGACCCUGAUGAAGGGCCCAGUACUUUUUGGGACCCACGGAAGCAACAUUAACAAUCAACAUAACAGUGGGCCCAAUACUCAACAUGCAGUAGCAGGAUCCAUAAUGAUCGUAAUUGGAUGCUUUAGUUGGGCUUGUUUUGUGAUUCUCCAAGCUAUUACUCUUAAAACCUACCCUGCUGCACUCUCUCUUUCCUCAUUGAUAUGCCUAUUUGGAACAAUUGAAGGUGCUGUAGUGGGUGUGAUUAUGGAGAGGGAUAACCCUUCAGUUUGGUCUCUGAAAUUGGAUAUAAGGCUGCUAACUUCAGUCUACACUGGCAUAGUGUGCUCAGGAAUUGGUUACUACUUGCAAGGAGUAGUGUUGAAAACUAAAGGCCCAGUCUUCGUGACAGCAUUCAGUCCCUUGUGCAUGGUGAUUGUGGCAAUCAUGGGCUACUUCAUUCUCGCCGAGCAAAUGUUACUUGGAAGAGUGAUUGGUGCCAUAAUCAUUUGUUUGGGCCUGUACCUUGUGGUGUGGGGUAAAAGCAAAGACUACACUCCUCCAAAUCCAACUCUUCAGGAGCUUACAUUGCCGGAGAAGCAAACUGUAGAUGAGGGAAGCGCUAAGAACGAACACUGUACUCACGAGGUCAUCAACAUUCAGUAAUUUUUGGAGCUGGAAUCACAACCCCAGAUGAACAAGAACGAAGAAUGCUCAUCAAUUACCAUUUAAGUUUCAACUUUUCUAGGGCAUUCAAGCUAGUUGUGUUUGUUCCUAGUUUGUUCUUUCAGUUAGGAUCUAAGAGAGCAGAGUUUCUUAACUGUUGUAAGGCAUCUCAAUAAGGCAGGAAGAUAACUAAGAAAAAGUAUUGCAAACUUUCAAAUUGUGGCAAA